AUGGCCGAACUUUCUGCCGAACUUUCGGGUCAAGUUAACGGAAUCGUAGAUGACCAAACUGCUGCUUCAAUUGUGGCCAAUGUUGUUGCCACUUUCUCUGCACAAGCUCACGCUAAUUUCGAUGCCACGGCUUCAAUUGUCGCUGAUGUGUCUGCUCAACUAUCUGCUGAAGCUCAAGGAAGUGCUAAUGCUAAGCUUCAAGCAGCUGCUUCUAUCGUCGCCGAACUUCCAGCUCAGCUUUCCGCACACGAUCACGGAAGCCUCGAAGCGUCUUCUGAAUUGGCUGCCAAUAUUUCAGCUGCCAUCUCUGCCAAUCUCGAAGUCAGUCCGAAUGCAGAUGCCAAUGCCAUUAAUUCUCUUAUUACUAAUUUUUCCGCCAAAAUUGCUGCUGAAAUCGAAACAAAGGGAACUCCUUUCCCUGAAGCUGCUAUUUCAGCUGCUGGUACUUUUGCCACUCAGAUCACUGCCGAGCUUGAUGAGGAAGGAGAAGUCUCCGCCGCAGCCGAUGCUCAACUUGGUGAUGCCUUUCCUCAUGAUGUUUUUGUACAUGCACAGAUGAAAAUGACUGCUUCUUACGCUGCCGAGUUUGCUGCUGAAGUUGGUGCCAAAACAUCUGGCCAAGCCAAUGCUGAAGGAAAGAAAUAA